GUUGCUGUAGAUUAAGCAGUAAGAGCCCGGCGAUGAAGAUACUGUGCGCAUCACUUGCUUUGACCGUCAUUGUCGCCGCACUGCUGGCAGAUGUCACCGCCGAUUUCGAAGGACAGCGACCAGUGUUGCCCCCUGGCUUUUUUCCUAAACCUCCUGGAAAUGCGGGUGAUGGGUGCAGCGCUCUCUUCAAAUGUGGAAAUGACACAUGCUGUUUACGAUCGAAAAACGGGGGUUCACAAACUUGCAAGCGUUUAGGGCAACAUGGAGAACUGUGUUCGGAGUAUGGAACCAGGGGUGACAUCUUCCACAAACACUGUCCAUGCGAACCAGGUCUGCGAUGCCGGCAAUUUCCGAAUGGCAUACGUAUAUGUGUGUCAAGAAAGUGAUUUUCUUCCGCCAAAUACAUAUCCUGUUCACGCAUGAAGGAAGCAUCGAGCACAUAAUGCAGCGCUUAAAUGGUUAACUUAAAUAACAAGCUGCACCAAAAAAAAUAAUAAAGCUUCAUUACAACAACCA